AUGGAGGACGGCAGCACAGAAGAGGACAUUGAAUCCCUGAUUGAAGGCAUGGCUUUCAUUCCCGGCCACUUUCACCUGGAGCUCCACCUGAACGGCGACCCAAGCGGACCGGAGGAACUCCGUCGGCGGGACAUCCACCUCAAGCGAGAGAGCCUUCGGGCAGAGCUGGAGGCCGAGUCCGGGAGCCUCCAGUACGCCGUCCGGAAUCUUCUAGGUCUCCUGGCGUUCCAUUUGGACGAACUGGAGCAGGCGGAGGAGGCUUUCCGCAGCAUCUGUCAAGAGGAACCCGGGAACCUCAAUGCCUGGGCCAACCUGGGCUAUGUGUAUGAACGACUGGGCCAGGAACAAGAUGAAGCAGAGUGUCUGGAGCAUUUGUCAGCUCUAAUGGGAAUAAAAGAAGGAGAGAGUGCUGAGGUAAGCUGUAAGAUCCAAGCAGGACGCUGUCUGGCGGAGCAGGCCUACGCACAGCCCUAUGACGUGGAGCUGGACAGAGAUGAGGAGUUAAGGGAGAGACUGAUCACCUCGCUCAUGCUGUUCAAUCGAGCACUGGACUACGGAGGGGAUCUGGUACCUGUAGAAGAAAAGAGGAGUUGGUAUUUUAAAAUGGCUACAAUUUACAUAAGAUUAGACGUUAUUGUGCAGGAUGAGACAGACAUGGAGAGUAACAGACUCACUUACUUUAGUAAGGGUCUCAAGCUGCUCACAGAGGUCCUCAAAUCAGAUCAAACCCAUCUCAAAGCGUUGGCCUGGUGCUACGUAGGCCUGAUGCUGGAGAGGAAAGAUGAGUUCUCCACCGUUCCUAUGGCCAUUCAUGACUGUGGCUACUCUGGAUCGGACCCCUUAUCUUGCUACGCAUCGGCCAUCAAGCUGGCCAGUGAUGACACGUUCAUACUGAACCGACUAGCCAAUGUGUUCUUUCUGUCUGGCAAAUAUGAAAUGGCAACGGGUCUCUGCAACAUGGCACUGAAUGCGUUACCUGAUGCUGAGCUGAACUGGCAAGCCUACUGCACCCGUGCUAAGAUUAACAUCACUACAUAUGUGAGAAACCUGGAUAAAGCCAAAGCUGGUGUGGGUGGACUUCCAGACCGGCAGAACCUGAAAGAGGCCAAAGCAGACCUGGAGCGUGUCCUAAGUGUUCGUCCCUGUCUAAGAACUCACUUGGAACUGGGGCAGGUGUAUUACUACAUGGGUGUGGAUGCUCUCCAGGAGAGUCUGUUGGUGGAUGAGGACUCAGUGAACCAGGCUCUGGUUAGCCUAGCACAGGCCCUGCAAUGCCCACUGGGCUCCACUCUGCCUGAGGUACAGCUCAUGCGUGGACGUUGCCUGCUGGUAAAAGGUGAGGAGCAGAAUGCUACUGACUGCUUCAGGAGGGCCAUGGAGCUGGAGAGGCCAGGAGGCCGGGACGCCGGGGCCCUCCGCCACCUUUUACAAGCUUUACUGGCCUGCUUUUCCCAGAGUCAAUCAGACCCCGGUCCCAUCAUAGCUCAGCUGGAGGAGUGUGUUCGGCAGGCAGAGGAGAGAUACGCUGUGGGCACGGUACGGGCGGAGCUCAGAGUUCUCUACCGAACACAUAUGGAUGAAGUGACAGAACUCUCUAAAGUGCUGGUGAAGAGGGGACGUCUAGAGCUGGUCAAGAAGUUUCUGGAAAGCAUGCAGCCCCAGGGAAGAAUGUCCCUGUUGGGCAGGUCUUUGUCUGUGUGA